AUGGGUGGUUUGUGUCCAGGCGGCGAAACCGUUGAACCAGAUCGAGUUCAAAGAUCGGUUGUGAAAAAGAAUAAAAAACAAAGUGAAAUAAUUCACUUUUUCAUGUUAGGCAUUGAAGGCGCCGGAAAAACAACAAUUAUUCGACAAUUGAAAUGUCUUUGUAUGCAAAAACCGCUCAAUUAUCAAAUGUAUGAUGAUGAUUGGAAUAUUAUUGAUCGCGAAAAAAUCUUCGAUGAAAACGAGCUCGUCGGCCUCAAAAACGUGGUUCGAAUCAAUUUGCUAACCGCCGCCGCUUCUUUGAUUCGAAAAACAAGAGAUCGAUCAGCAGAAGAUAUUCUAGUUGGAUCAGAAGCCGCUGAUAAUAUAUUACAAAAAUGCACAGAAUUGUAUGAGGGACCAGUUGAUAUUUAUGAUUCAUCAAAUCAAAUAAGCAGUGAAUUUGGUGUUUAUAUUCUUGAAAUACUUGCUGAUCAAGAAAUUGUUCGCUCACUUGAAAUGCCGAUUAUCGGAUUGAAAAUCGAGGAUGGAACUCGGUAUUUUUUAAAAGACGAAGGUCGAGUCAAGAAUAUAUUUAAUGAUUCAUAUCAACUAACAAACGAUGACAUCGGUAAGAUUUUUGAAAAUUAUUUGAAGGCAAUGGUAUUUUCUCGAACACAAAUAUUUCAGUUCAUGUUCGUAAACCAACAGUUUCCUUCAAAUCCUACAAAUUCCGAAUCAAACAACUUCGCGUCGAAAUCCACGACAUGGGCGGUCAGAAAAGCGAGCUGGUCAAGAUUCCACAAUUCAUGUCGCAAUUUCUAUCCUCCAGUGGGCAAUGUUUCCUUCUCUACGUUUCUUCGUUAGCCGCUUUUCAAGAACCGGACAAAGAUGCAAAAGGUCGAACUGUUCUUGAUAAAAGUUCCGCCAUUUUUAGAGUAAGCAAAAUUUUGGAAGAAAAAAAGAGAAGAAAUAUUUUAGAACGUAUUAAAUUUGGAUGGUGUUGAUGAAUGUACAGUUAUGAUAUUUUUCAACAAACAAGAUCGAUUUGAGGAAAUCUGUAGAGAUACUCUUCAUAAUGAUUCAGAUGGAGAGAAGAAAAAACAAUUAGAAAAGGCUGUGGGAUAUGUUCCGAAACAGAAAUUAGGUGAGCCCUCAAAUCAAAAAUUCUCUAACAUUGUCAUAUUUUCAGUCGGCGCAAAGAAAGGCAAACCGGAAAACUACGACUAUUUGAAAGAUUCGAUUCGUGAUCGAUUUAUCGGAAUUCUCAAGAAUCAUAACGAGAAAAAGAGUUAUUAUAUGAAAUAUACGCAGGCGACUGAUGCACAGCUUAUGUCAACCAUUUUUUAUGCCGUUGAAAAUGAGAUUAUUUCCGCAUUUUUCACACAAGCAAGAUUUUUGUGA